AUGGGCGACUCUCCUAUAAACCCUCUGGUUCUGAUCGGUGUCGGGUCCAGCUUCGCCUUCUCUGGUCUGUUUUAUCAUCUGUACCAGGAAAAGAAGAAAGAAGUAACGAGGCUGAGGGAAAUACCUGUUUUCAGACCAGACCAGCAUUUUGUUAAAGUUCUGACCUCCACUCCCUACAAGCGGCUCCAGUAUGUUGCUGUUGAAGGUGUGGUGCAGGCUGAUGAUAAACCUCUGGCCAGUCAGUUUGUUCCUCGGUGCUCUGGUGUGAUUCAGAAGAUCGUCACAGAGGAGCAGUGGAAGUACUUAAACCACAUCACCAGGACUUGGAAAUGUCGAACAGAAAACAAGAAGGAGACCAACAACUCUGUGCCCUUCAGUCUGGUCAGCCCUGGCUCUUACGUGCCUGAUGUUUAUGUGAGGGUCCAAACCCCCCUGGAGGCCUCGGGGAGCUUCCUGGAGACGGUUUAUUCCAAAGUGAGGCGUGCUGAGGAGGGGCUGGUGGACGUAGUGUUGCAGGGUUUGAGUGGUGAGAAACCAGUAGCUGUGGUGGAGAGCGAGGAGAUGCUGCGAGUGGGGAGCAGCCUGACGGGGUUCGGGGAGGUGGUGCUGGAGGGGGGCCAGGUGGUGAGACUGCAGGCCCCACAGGACGGCCGCAAGUACAUCCUGGUGCCCAGCGACUACAGGAGCUUCAUGGACAGGCACGAAGCUUCAGCCAGCAUGUGGAAGAUGCUGACGGCCGUGACGGGGCUCACCGGAGCUGGUCUUCUAGCCGGACUCGUCUACGACUUCACCGCAAGGCAGGACAGGUCCAAGUAGGCGAGAAGCUCAGUCCAAACCAGAGGUGUCUCCUCAAGCUUCCAUGAAAUGAGUUGGAUGCAAACAUAAAGGAUCUUUCCUACAAUCAGUCAUGAUUCAUGAAAAUCAAUGUGAUGAGUUUCAUGAAAACACCUAAAUACAUUUUUUAUAAAUUACAAAAUGUGAAACGACAGAUGUUUUUACACGCGCUGUUCUUUAAACAUUAAAUAUCAAAAUCAGAACCUUUAAAUUAAACACACCAAAAAACAUCUGAACUGGAAACAUACUGGUUAGGGUUAGACGUUUUGAUGAAAUCUUUGCAGUAUUUUGUCCCUCUGAGCUCCGGUACUCGACAACGAAGGGCAUUAAGAUCGAACACAAGCAGCUUAGAAACAAGAGCAAAAUUAAACUGGUUGAAUGUGAAGAUGAUGGAAAAUGUAUAAAACUCUAACUUUAUAAUCACUUUGAUGCAGAAAUU